AGAGAGAGAGAGAGAGAGAGAGAGAGAGAGAGCUUUGAAUAAGGAAAUAGCAGACACUUCAAACUGGAAUACUUUUGAUGACACAAGGCAACACCAAGUUGAAGGUUGUGAACCUCCGGACACACUGAUGUGUUUCACGUCCUUCUUUAAGGAUGGGUGGAUGCUGCAGUGGUCAGAAACGACAACAAGAUGACCUUCACCCCUCAGCGAAGCUCACGGACUCCACCAAUCACGUAACACACAAAGGAGAAAAUGCUUCCAAUAAUGGACGAGAUCUUGUCAUCGCUCAGCAUGAUUUUAAACCAACCAACGACAACGAUCUGGGGUUCAAAAAGGGAGAACAUCUUCAGAUUCUACAGGAGAGUGGAGACUGGUGGCUGGCGAAGUCUCUGCGAACCGGAGAGGAGGGCUACAUACCAAGCACCUAUGUAGCCAGAGCUCACACCCUGGAAGAACAGAGUUGGUUUUUCAAGGAAUUGAGUCGUAAAGAGACUGAGCGCCUGCUCUUGGCUCCUGGGAACAAAGUCGGGUCGUUUCUCGUCAGAGAGAGUGAGACCACCAAAGGAGCCUUCUCUCUGUCCAUCAGAGAUUCGGGCCUGGAACACGGAGACAUGGUCAAGCACUACAAGAUCCGUUCCCUGGACAAUGGAGGAUACUACAUCUCCCCCUCCACCACAUUUCCCAACCUGCAGGAGUUGAUCAAUUACUACACCCGUAAGUCUGAUGGGUUGUGUCAGCGUCUGAAUGAGCCCUGCAAGCCAAAGCCCCCAGUGCAGCCGUGGGCACAGGACGAGUGGGAGAUACCCAGGGACACCCUGAAGAUGGUCAAGAAACUGGGAGCAGGACAGUUUGGAGAAGUCUGGAUGGGAUAUUAUAAGGGGAAUCAGAAGGUGGCCAUUAAAACGCUGAAGGAAGGAACCAUGGAACCUGAGGCCUUUCUGCAGGAGGCCAACCUGAUGAAACAGCUGAAACACGACCGACUGGUACGACUCCAUGCUGUCGUUACCUUGGAACCCAUCUACAUCGUCACAGAGUACAUGGUCAAUGGAAGCCUACUGGACUUUCUAAAAACAGACGAGGGCAAGAAGCUAAAUGUCCCUAAACUGAUAGACAUGUCAGCACAGAUAGCAGAAGGCAUGGCCUACAUAGAGAAGAAGAAUUAUAUCCACAGAGACCUACGAGCUGCCAACAUUCUUGUCAACGAGACUCUCCACUGCAAGAUAGCAGAUUUUGGGCUGGCCAGGAUUAUAGAGACCGAGUACACUGCUCAGGAAGGUGCUAAGUUUCCUAUUAAAUGGACAGCACCGGAGGCAAUCAACUAUGGGACGUUCAGCAUCAAGUCAGAUGUCUGGUCGUUCGGCAUCCUGUUGACUGAGAUAGUCACUUAUGGAAGAAUACCGUAUCCAGGUAUGACAAACCCUGAGGUAAUCCGGAACCUCGACACAUUUUACAGGAUGCCGUGUCCAGAGGGUUGUCCCGCUGAAUUGUACGACAUCAUGAUGUCCUGCUGGAGAGAAAAGGCAGAGGAUCGACCUACGUUUGAACACCUACAACACACACUCAACGACUUCUUCAUUGCCACAGAAGGACAAUAUGAAAUGCAGCCCUGAAGUCAUGAUGUUCCCGUAUAAAUCUUUAAAAAAAUGUGGGCGACAAAGUAAUGUCAAAGUUGAUUAGUAAUGGUUAUAAUGCUUGAGGACCACAUGGACAUGCCAUCUAUACUGCAUAUGUCCGACAACACCCAGGGAUUUUAGGAGAGACCUGAUGGAGUCGAGCUGAGCCAAAUCAAGCUGGACCAAGCAGGGUUACUGAAUGCAGUUGCUGCCUGGAAUUAAUCUGAAAUGGACCAUUUGAAAUGAUGGAAAGAAAAAAAUGAAAUUAUAAAAUAUCCAUGCCA